AAAAACCAAAAUAGUGUCAGUUAGACGUUUGGACGAUCUUAAGUGUGUUUUAUUUUCUCCUGAUUUUUCAUCUCAUAUUUGUGUUACGUUUAUUUACAUUGUUUCCUUAAUUUUGUUUAUUAAUUAUUGUUAAAGUGUCUAAUAACCAACAAUAUUAUGCUGAUUAGAGAUAAAUUUUCAAUAAAUACCUUAACAUUUUUAAGUGAAUAGUCUUUCGAAAUUAAAUAAGCUACGGCUACAAAAAAAAACUUAGUCAAAAUAUGACCUCCGAGCCGCCAGCAAAACAUGACUCCUUACAUAGUGUUAAAUCGUACGAUCUCAAAGCCCAACUCAAGCAAAUUGCUGCUGGUGCAACUUCAUCUAUAGUCACCCGUUUCUUAGUCCAACCCUUGGAAGUACUAAAAAUACGAUUUCAACUGCAAGUCGAACCCUUCGAAGGUCAUCAAGCGUCAAAAUAUAAAUCCUUUAUGCAAGCAUGCAGGCUCAUACACCACGAAGAAGGAAUUACAGCCUUCUGGAAGGGUCACAAUGCCGGUCAGCUGUUAAGUAUAGUCUAUGGGGUUUCACAGUUUUGGUCCUACGAACAAUUAGAGCUGCAAUUUAGUCAAACACCUUUGCUCAAAGACCGACCAAAUGCCACUCGUUUUAUCAGUGGUGCAUGUUCAGGGGCUAUUGCAACAAUGGUGUCGAUGCCAUUCGAUGUUGUUCGCACGAGAUUAGUGGUGCAGGACACAGGAUGUGGGUAUCGUAAUGCAACUUCAGCCAUUCCACACAUACUACGUCAAGAGGGCGUUCGGGGGUUGUAUCGUGGUCUGGGACCGUCCCUGAUUCAGAUUGUACCUUUGGUCGGAACGAAUUUUGCAAUCUAUGGGAUAUUCAACGAUAUAGCUGCAAAUUGUAUGCAUAUCAAAGAUCCUAAGCGUCUACCGACGUGGUUAAUUCUGCUAUCUGGUGGUGUGACGGGAUGCUUUUCCAAAAUGGCUGUGUAUCCUUUGGAUUUUAUCAAACGACGAUUACAAGUACAGGGAUUCCAUGAGCAUCGAAAAACAUUCGGCAGAAAUGUCACCUGCGAUGGGAUAAUUAGUUGUAUAGUAAUGACGCUCCGAGAAGAGGGUGCUCUGGGGUUCUACAAAGGCAUGGGACCGACACUUAUAAAAGCUGGUGUUUCGACAGCCUUUUACUUUGGUGUGUAUGAAAAAAUGAAACAAUUCAUGUGAGCAGGGGAAGUUACGAAGAGGUGUAAAAUAAAUAAAAAACGAAAAUAAAUACAAAAAUCUCCGACUACUUUUGGGGGAAAUGUCAAA